UUGCGGCAUACGUGGCGCAAACAUUCUCGCAUGCUCGUUCGGUGUGAGCGCGUGUGAUAUUUUUUGUGUAAUCGUGUUUCAAAUUGAGUUUUAUUUUUUCAUAUUACUGUAUGCGCCGAUGUGCUGUUUAUAAAUAGACAGGAGGGGAAGCAGGGUUUCUUUCAGAAGUGUUUCUCAGAAGACUCAGCCAUGAUUGGACGUAUUUCCUUGCCGCGUACUACAACAGUCAGCCUGAAUGAAAGGUUCUCCACACUGCGCCAGCUGCGCGAGCGUCAGCAGGAGGAGGCGCGGCAGCUGCAGGAGCUGCAGCAGCGCCAGGCCAGCCAGCAGCUGGUCGACCAGAUGGAGAGCCGGCCGUCGGUCCGGGCGGCCCUCGGCGGACACCGACAGACACUGACGCCAGUGCUCCCUGAGCCGUCGGUGACACAGUCGCCCAAGCCUCGGCUGCACGUGAAGCAGCGUCUGGCGAUCCAGGCUCGUCUGGGUGUGAUGCGCACGGUCCCUGGCCAGGGCGGCGGCGGACCCAUCUCCACGCGACUGGGACGCGGCGCCAACGUCAAACGUCUGCAGACUGCGCGCAAAGCUGUGACACCUCAGAGGGGCGUGACGUCCAACCGGGGUCGUGGCCGGGGAGGGCGCACCUCAAACUUCACCGGCACGCGCACACGCGGCGGAGCGACGGCCGGGCGCGGCCGAGGCCGAGGGCAGGGCACCACCAACACCCGGGGAGCGGGUCGGGCGCGUGGUCGGGGCCGCGGCGCGCGCGGUCGGGCCGCCGGCACCCCGGCCACCAAGGAGGCGCUAGACGCCGAGCUGGACAGCUACAUGUCGGGCACGCGCGGCCACCUGGACGCCGAGCUGGACGAGUACAUGAAGGAGGCGGCCUGCCGAGUGACCGCCACGUGAUGCCGCCCGGCCGGUGGCGGCCCCCGUCCUCACCUACCCACCCACCGGCCCGCCGAGCGCCCGCGGCGCCCAGCGUCCCAGCGCGCCUGGCGCGUUGUACAUAGUGCUGCCGUCAUGUAAACUCAUACCUGAAAUGUACGUUUCUCGUUUGUUCCGGUCGUGUUUUUCGGUAUUGUCGCGAUGGCCCAGGGAGCUGAAGAAUGUCUCGCACGUUCAUUGUGUAUAAUAAUGCGACUAUUUAUGUA